ACUAAAAUACACCACAUCAGCACACUAACACCACCACUACCACCUCCACUACCAAUACCAUCAGCACCAUCACCGCAUCAUCACCAUCAUCAUCGUCAUCAUCAUCAUUAUCAUCGUAGUCAUCAUCGUCAUCAACACCACGCUCUCUGUUCUAACGAGGUCUUGAUAGUUUACACGGCGUCAGUGAGUGAUGAUGCCCUACUCCUGCAGCGAGUGAUCGCCAGGGACAACAUUCACCGUUAUAAGCAGUCGCAAUAUAUCUAUCUAUCUAUCUGUCUGUCUAUCUAUCUAUCUAUCUAUCUAUCUAUCUGUCUGUCUAUCUAUCUAUCUAUCUAUCUAUCUAUCUAUCUAUCGUAUUGUAUUCCUGUUUAUGUUACAGACAUACAUAUAUACAUAUAUACACAAACAGAAAACAUCGGGCUAUUUACAUGGUAGUUAAUUAAAAUCUCAGACACCAUGGUUUUGGAAGAAGACUGUGAUGGAGCCACUUCAAUGCAAACAUCUGGCAAUUCGGAGCAGGAGGUUGAAGAACUUUUUAAAGUUGGUGUGCCACAGAACUUGCCAACCAUCACUCAGAUCAAACAAGUUAUACCAGCUCGAUGUUUCAAUCCUAAAGUUUCUACGUCAAUGUAUUAUGUUGUUCGUGAUGUCGUUAGUAUGACAGUCCUGUACGUAAUUAGUGAGUGGGCCAUGAAUAACUUACCUGUGUCGGCAGGUAUUGUACAUAUACCUCUUUAUUGGUUCUUACAAGGGACCAUGUUCACUGCUAUCUUUGUUCUGGGACACGACUGUGGACAUGGUUCUUUCUCCCAUCAUCCCUUAUUAAACGAUACAAUGGGAACCCUAUUACAUUCUUUUCUGUUAUGUCCUUACUAUACUUGGAAACUGUCCCACAAAAACCAUCACAAAAACACCGGAAAUAUUGAUAAAGAUGAAGUCUAUUACCCCAUCAAGAAAAAAUUCCGAAAGAUAUCAACCCAGCUUUUACCUGGAUUCGGUCUUGGUUUAGGAUGGUUUGGUUACUUGGUGCGUGGUUAUAAGCCACGACAAGUCAAUCAUUUCAAUCCAUUCCAUUUUCUCUUUCAGAACCAUUUUCUGGGAUGUACUUUAUCUUUUAUAGGAGACUUCAUAAUGGCUUAUAUUUUGUACAUGUUUUACCAGCAGAAAGGGUUUCUAAUGCUUGUUCACCAUUAUUUCAUUCCUCUUUUUGUGUUUUCCACCUACAUGGUGGUGUUUACUUUCUUACACCACCAUGAUGUCAACAUCCCUUGGUAUUCAGAUGAUCAAUGGACCUAUGUUUCAGGGCAAUUAUCCUCAAUUGAUAGGGAUUAUGGUUGGGUGCAUGGAUUAACCCAUGACAUUGGCACACACCAGAUCCACCAUCUAUUUAGUAUAGUACCCCACUAUCAUCUUCUAGAAGCCACUAGCCAUUUCCGUAAAGCUUUCCCACAUUUGGUGCACUAUUAUACUGAUCCGAUUCUCCCAACAUUUUGGAGCAUGUUCAAGAAAUAUGCAGCUCAGUCAUUGAUAAGUGACUCUACCCAGGUACAUGUUUACAAAUGAUUGUUUUAAUAAUGUCAAAUUUUCAAACAUUUUUUUUUCCACCACUAAAAUUUCUUGCCCAGCACUGGACACUUUCAGGUUAUAUGGUUGCUAAAGUCAUAUUUUUCUAUUUUUUUAAUCAGUUCCCCACUGAGCAAUAAAUACCAUAUCACUAAUUAACUAAUUAAUUUCUUUUCUCUUUAACCUGAUUUGUUCCUCUGCACCUUUUUAACAACAGAAUAAUUCCAUAUUUUUCUACCUCUCAUUAAGAAAGCACAAUCACUGUUAUUCACUGGUAAAGCACGAAGAGUUUUGUCUACCAAUAAACUAUGGUUCUAGAUAUUAGUAUGGAGAAGUCGAGGGUGGCGAUAACUGAGGAAGGUUGGAAUUUGAGAUAACAUUCAGAUUGAUUUACUGCAGGUGGUGGCUGGGGUACAGGUGUAAACAUAAGAUGAAAUUUAGAAACAGUUGACAAAUAAACUGCUUCAAAAGUGAACUGCGACAAACUUUGAGAUAAUGUCCUCUUAAUAGGAUGACUCAGUGGUUUUGGAAACCUGAGUUUUGCAGAGACGAGAUCUAGAACUGAGAUUAUUCUGUAAGGGCAUGGGAAUGAAUAUUACCGUUGUUGCCAUAGAAACUUGAAGAACACAACAUUAAAACAACCGUUUAAGAUACAUAGAGACAUUGAAAUCGAGACCAAAAUAGUGGAAUUGUAGACAAUUGCCAUAUUGUAAAUAUAAUUUGCUAAACACUUAAAAUAUAAUAAUUUAAAAUUUUGGCAGAAUGCCAGUUUUAUGUGAAAUAAGUCAUUACAUUGAUCCCAGUAUUUCACAGGUACUUUAUUUUACCAACCCCCAAAUGGAUGAAAGACAAAGGUGACCCCAGUGUGACUUGAACUCGGGAUGUAAGAUGAUAGAAAUGUCACGAAGCAGUUUUGCCAACACUCUACUGAUUCUGUCAACCCUUUGCUCUUUGUUUGUGACUUAGGCCCAAUGCCAUUAAUUUUGAGGGUAGGGGCUUGUCUGUUCCAUCAACCCAGUUCUUGUCUUGUACUUCAUUUUAUCGAUCUCAAAAUGAUGAAAGCAAAGUCAACCCCUCAGCUUCAUUUCAAUGGAGAAUGUAAAGGUAAUAUUUUUCUGAUGCUCUAACAACUUCACUACUACUACUACUACUACUACUACUGACGAAGGGUUUAUGUGCAGUGAAUAGUCACACAAUAACAAAAUAAGAUGAUGAAAACACCAAAAAGAAAUUUGUGGAAAAUUUGUUUUUUUAGAAACUAAUUUUGUUUGAAGGAUUAAUGAUUUUAAUUAGUAAAUGAGGAACUGUAAUCGGUGUAAUAAAGUGAGCAAUUUUUGGAGUCCUUGAAAUUAUCUGUUUACCCCCCUCCCCCUCCCCAUCACACACCGAAAUUAAUCGUGAGUGAUUGUUUAUAAGAUAUUUAAACAAUUUUUCAUAUAAAUCGCGAUACACAGAUAUUGUUUUGAGCUGAGUGGGGGUGCUAGAUUCCUUUGUUUGAAAAUAAGGACACAGAUCGUGUCGUACAGCCAGCUGGAGAUGAUGUCUGCUGGGGCUAAAUUACAGCAACAUUCGUCCUAAACCAGGACUGCCAUGUUAUGUUGGCAAAUAGUCUUUACUCUCUGGUUUGUUUUCUACAAAUACUUUGCCGAACACAUGAACAGAAAUACACAUGGAGUUUUUAAUAUUGGACAUGCUUCAAGGCGGGGAGCUGGCAGAAACGUUAGCACGCCCGGCGAAAUGCUUAGAGUGGCUGGAGGCAAGAAGCAGCAACAAAUUACCUACAAAUCCCAUGGAGGUUGAAGAAUCAGUAAAUAUGAAUCGUAGUUUUACAAAAGUUAUCUCCCUUACACUUUUAGCUAAGCUACUGUAAAAAAAAAAUUGCACAGCACGACAUUAAGUCUAUAUAUAUAUAUAUAUAUAUAUAUAUAUAUAUAAAGGAGAGAGAGAGAGAAUGUGUGUUUGUUUGGCCAACUGAUAUUGUGUCACUUGUCACCAUACUUUUAGCAGUCAAAUAAUUCAAAUGGUUGUAGUCAUUUAAACAAUUUAAAUGAACAUUGGAAAUAUUUGUAGCUUUAAAUGUGAAUUAAGAUUUUUAAAAAUAUGUCUUUUAAUUACUGUCAAUCAGUAGUUAUUUUAAUAACGAAUGGGAAAUUUUCACUGGGUAAUCUAUGAAUGAAUAUUUAUUUUUAUUACGUAUGGAUAGAUAUUUGAAAUUAAGAAUAGAAACAAAAAGAAAACUAGUCUGAAUUAAUUUGAGUCUUUCACUUUAUACUUUAAUGAGACGGUGUUUAUUAAUGUCUAAUUGACAUUGGAGAGAAAGAGGUUUAAAGUUAAAACUAGAAUAUCCGAUUCUCUUAUAAGCCAUGGAUUAGAUACUGUGCCAUUAAAUAACUAAUCGUCAGGUGGUGAGCAGGCAGAAUCAUUAGCAUUCUAGUCCAAAUACUUAGUGGUAUUUCGUACAUCUUUACACCUGGGGUCAGUGUAAUUGACUUAGCCGUUCCCCUGAAAUUACUGGCCUUCUUCCAAAGUUUGAAACCAAUAUAUAAAUAGUCAACGUUUCUGCUGGAAAUCUGUCUUUCAGUUCAUAGAAAUUCCUCUAAUAUCGCAAUUCCACAACCAAACAGGUAAAUAACUCAGAAGGUAUGAUCACAAACACAAGCUGGUGAAAUGGGAUUUCCCUGAGGGAUCUCUCAAGUUACUUUACUCUUUGGGGUGCAUAGCUUGAAGUUUCAGCAGUCUCUCCAGGUUGACCUGCCACUGCUUCACACCGAGAGGUCACAAUUCUGGUAUUAUGGACAUGGGAUUAGGAAAGAACCACAAGACAGAUUCUUCAAACCAAGCCAACUGGUACAAGAGCUUGAGCUAGACCAAGAAUCGGAAGGUCUGAUGGUGUCCAUUGUCUCAAGUGGUCAUGCUUGGGAAGCCAGCCAGAAAGUGUAAGGACAAUUGCUCCUAAUAGGAGCCCAUGGAGGAAUCACCUGAAGACUCUCCCUCCAUGACCCUCUCAGGAAUAGUGGGUGGAGACAAUGGAUGGACAACCAAUUCUAUAUUGAUAAAUUUAUUAAAUACAUUUAACACAUUACUACUUCAUUUCACUUUUUAUCUUGGCUCCAUGUACUAUAUAGAAGCAAACUAAUUGUGACCAGUGCUCCAGUAUGACCAGAGCCCACAGGGAACCACACAAAUAACUAAUUCUGUGUCCUUAUGGUUUCUGCUGCCAUACUGGCAUUGGUUGCAAUGGGUUUGCUUUUUCUCUGGAAAUAGAAUCUUAAAGCAACAAAAUAUGAUUCCAAAUUUUUUGAUUCUUUAUUUAUUUAUGCAGAAUUUCCAAGUUUUAUAUUUAACAUUUCAAAAUUUAAACAAUAUAUUAAAAACUAAGAAUUUAUCACAUCCACCAUUUUUUGCUGUUGAUGUAGUCAUUUUGCAGUUUUUAUUAAUUUUUUUUUUGUGUAUGGAGGAUAUUUCAUGAUUAAAUUUUGUAGAAAUAUUUCAAAAUACACCAUGAAGGCAGCAUAGCCUCUGCUACGAUGUCUGAAAUAAAACAAACAACCAUAUGAUGUAAUAUAUAUAAAUUAAUAAUUUAAUUACUUAUCACUUGAUUUAUUUCUCCAUUUAUAAUACAAACAAUUGCAGAUUUCAGAAUUUGAUGCUCUUACCAUUUUUUAAAAGUAAAUUAGAAAAUAGAAAAAUGAUGCCACCUCUGUUGGAACUGAUCACACCACAGUCUACCUAAAUAUGUCCGAGGCAUUGAAGCAGCACUGUAUUUUUUCAAAUAUAACACCCCUUCCUUGUAUUGUUUCAUUGAAUCUGAUGUAAUGUUCACUUUAUUUCUAAUAAAAUCAUUUCAGUUCUUUUUUUAAA